AUGGCGGAAGUGGACCACAAGGAGCAGUUCAUGCCCGGACUCUCACAGGCGCUGGCGGCACGGCUUAUGGCCCUGAAGGGCGAAACCAAGGAGUGCUAUGAAGUUGCCCGCGUCACGGAGAUCUUCUCUAAGAGAUGUCCAGAGGACCACGGCCUCUUCUCCACGCUCUGUCGGCACGUCCACCGGCACCUGGGCUACUUCGAGCCCGUGGACUUUGUGCGCUUCACUCGAGGUUUGGCCGCUGCAGAGUACCGCGAUGAGCGGGUGACUCUCACCCUGCCCAAGUGGGCUCAGAAGCGGCACAAGGAGUUCUCGCCGCACGACUGGGACGCCUUCGUGACCUCCUUGGCGCGGCUCGGGGCCUCCGAGAUACGGCAGCGGAAACUGCGGGAGCUCGGUCCCCCCGCCCCCACCGAGCCGGCAACCUUCUCCGGUGGUCAAAUGGCGCAGGAACGGAAGCUGGCAGAGCUGCCCUGA